CAGAAUUCGUAGCGUCAAACGCUGAAUCCAUUCAGUUCCUCAGUGAACAGAAGAAAGCAUCGAGUGACACUUAGUAAAGGAUUUGCAACAAUGAACUUCUUCUUGGAGACCUUGCAGGUGACAUUCCUGUCCAUUUAUUACCUCCUGGAAGCAUUUGUAAAGCUGUUCAUUCCAGCGAGAAGAAAGAAUGUGACUGGGGAGAUUGUGCUCAUCACUGGGGCUGGCAGUGGCAUUGGCAGGCUGAUGGCUCUGGAGUUUUCUAAGCUGGGAGUCACACUGGUUCUCUGGGAUAUCAACCAGGAGGGAAGUCAGGAGACUGCCCGUUUAGCCAAGAAAGAGGGCGCCUCCAGAGUCCACUGCUAUGUGUGUGACUGCAGCAACAAGACAGAGGUUUACAGAGUAGCUGAUCAGGUCAAAAGGGAAGUUGGAGAUGUUAGCAUCCUAAUAAACAAUGCCGGAAUUGUGACUGGCAAGAAAUUCAUGGAAUCACCAGAUAGCCUUAUAGAGAAAACGGUGGAAGUGAACACCAUGGCUCACUUCUGGACCUAUAAAGCAUUCCUUCCUGCCAUGAUGGCCAGUAACCAUGGGCAUCUUGUCAGCGUUGCCAGUUCUGCUGGACUGAUUGGUGUUAAUGGGCUGUCCAGAUUCCUGUAUAAUAACUGCUCAUACAUUAACAUUUCUUGUAUUGGCUCAUUUUAUUUAAAAGAUUAUUGUGCAAGCAAGUUCGCAGCUGUUGGCUUUGCUGAAUCUGUGGGUCUGGAAAUGCUUGCUUCAGGAAAGGAUGGGAUUAAAACCACAAUCGUGUGCCCAUAUUUUAUAAAUACUGGAAUGUUUGACGGCUGCUACACUAAAUGGCCACGACUUCUUCCAAUUUUGGAUCCCAAUUAUGCAGCCAGAAAGAUUGUAGAUGCUAUUCUAAAGGAAGAGGUUUACCUGGUGAUGCCAAGAAGCCUAAACCUGAUUUUUGCUCUGAAAAAUAUUGUACCUGUGAAGAUGGGACUAAUCCUUGGAAUCUACUUUGGGGCUUUUAACUUCAUGGACCAUUUCAGAGGUCAUAUCAAGAGUGAUUAAUGCUGCAGAAGAAAGCACACGAGGAACCAGAGGGAUUAUCUGCCAUAUGGGCAAGAUUACAACGUUUUAGUUAAAAAGUGGUUACACUAACAUAUUAGUAUGUUUAUCAGUAUUGUAAGACUUUAUAAUUAUGUCUUGUGAUCUAAGUAUAAUUCAGCCUAUGAGAAAGUCCCAUCUGUAUAGGCUUAACUGAGUAUAGCUAAACAUACUUCAUUACACUUCAUACCUCGUAUCUUGUUGCCAGUGUUCCACACCAUUUUGCUUAUGCAUCUGUGUAAUGCUACCAGGUGAACAGAGUGAUAUGUGAACGUAACAAAAAGAAAAAAACAAACAUUUUAAGAUAUAAUACUGCACAAUUAAAUCAUCUAUCAACAACAGAUGUGUUUAUGUGAACUCAGGUAUAGACAAGAUGUAAUAGUGCUUUCCAUAAAGCUUAAAAGAGAUCAGAAAUAUCUUACAAUGAAUAGUGUGAUGACUGAAGUAAUUAUAACCAAAAAUGUAAUGCAUAAUUACAUUAUAUUCACAAAUACUAAUAUUGUGUGUAAUUUUAAAUUCAUUAAAAGGAAGGUCUGGUCUUUUUUGUAAAACUAAUAAUGUGGGUAUUAUUAAUCCUAAUAAAGUUUAACCAACAUCUUGGGAGAAAUUGUAAGUUAUAUUUUUUUUUAAAGAAUAGAACACUCUAAAGGUCUAAGUAUGGUAAUUAUAUAAAUUUCUGGACAGAACAUUUUACUUAGGUAGAGCACAGCUAAAGAAUCAAGAGGUACAGUUAACAUAUUUAUUGACUGGUGAAAUACAAUUCAGAGUUGCUGCAGUAUGCCCACUGUUGUCAUUUCAAAUAUUUUCACAAAACAAACAUGCAUUAAAGCUACAGUGUGUGGUAAAAAAGAAUGUCAUGAAAAAUCACAUUUGCAGGUGAAAUACACUAGAAUAAAAGUUGCUACAUUAAAAAUAUAUAUAAACAUGUGACAUUUUUGGUCCACUAAAAUAAAUGGCUUUACAUAAUUUCUGCAAGUGUGAAAUUGGAGUGUCCAGAGUGAAAACACAACACAAAAUAUUAAAUUAAUGUAGCAUCCAAAGUAUCACUAUAGCAUAACAUGUUCAAUACAAAAAAAAUGCCUGAGUUACAAGCUCAUGCAAUGUCCAAAAAAGAAUUCAAAAUAUGGGAUUGUAUCGUCAUAACAGGAAAGUAUAACCAAUCAGACUGCAGAGUCUGUACCAUCUAAUCCGAAACCACCGAACCCCACGUCUUCGUCAUUUGAACUUUCAUCAUUGAUGAUGUAAGCACUUGUCUGAAUCAUUAAUGCACAGCGCAACUGCUUCUAGGCAGUUUUUUUCUAUUGACGUGAGCCACGAUAUUUCCCCUCAGGCAUUAUUUGCGUAUUGUUAUUAAAAAUCAGAAAUACUGGUGAAAACUUUACUUUCAGCUAAAAGUUGGGGUAGGCAUCGUUCAAUCCACGGCAUUGACUCAACAUAAUACGAUAUCUAUCUAUCUGUUUAUCUAUCUAUCCACAGUAGAUGCCACUUAUUAACAACCUCUCGGUUCCCAGCAAAAAGUUGUCGUUAACUAAAAGUUGCCAAUAAGCCAAAAGCCCCAGUUUUCAAUUGUAUUUAUAUGGAGUGAUAUAUACUGUAGUUGUAAUAUGGCACUGAAAUACAUGUGUUUUAAAUGUUACUGUUAAAAUAAUCGCAAGGACAGUGGCAGCGGGCUUCAAACAGCAAUUAAACAGACCACACACAAACAGGCCGAGUGGAUUGGUUAAACUUCCAAUAAUUUCUUGUUCACUAAUAGCUUUCAAACAGAUUGUUUCACAAACAAUCCUGUGUCUAUACGGCUCACAAAACAACCAGAAUCAAUGUUCUCACUUUCUUUCCACAGACACGCCACAACCCCGCCCGAGCAUGCUUGCUUGCUUGCCCUCUCUCACAUAUUGCAAUGCCUCAGACAUCUGCUGAUUCUAUCC